AUGCCCCACGUCCUCAUAAUCCUCACCUCGCAGGGCUUAAUCCCCGCCACCCGCCAACAAACAGGCUGGCACCUGUCCGAACUCGCGCACCCCUACUCCAUCCUCGAACCCAAAGUCGCCCUCACCAUGGCCUCCCCCCAAGGCGGCGAAGCACCCCUCGAUCCAGCCUCAGCCUCUGCCUCGGCUAGACCAGAAUCCGAUACAACCGACAUGACCGCUCUAGCGCGGCACUGGGAGGCCUGGACGCACACGUAUAAGAUUAGGGAGAUGGUUGCCCGGGCGGGAGCGGGGGAUUUCGAUGCGGUCUUCUAUGUUGGUGGGCGCGGGGCGAUGUUUGACCUCGUAAGGGACGCGGCCUCGCUUGCCCUGAUACAGAAUGUCGCAGCGGCGGGGAAGCCCAUCGCGGCGGUCAGCCAUGGGCCUGCGGCGCUGCUGAAUGCGACCGCGCCGUCGGGGGCACCUUUGCUUGCUGGAGCGCGGGUGACGGGGUUCUCGAGGGAGGAGGAGGACGCGGCGGGGAUGGCGGCUGCUAUGCCGUUUCAAUUGGAGACAGAGCUGGAGCGGGUAUCUGGGGGAGGAUAUGUCAAGGCGGACCGAGCUGGGACGGAGAAGGUGGUUGUAUCUACGACGGCCGGGUUGCACUCGCCGCUGAUUACAGGGCAGAAUCCGGCCAGUGCGGCCGGCGUGGCUAGGGAGAUUCUGAGGGUAUUGGGGUGCGAAUGA